AUGCUAGAGCAGCGUCCAGAAGUGCUCGUGUCGGUUUGGUCAAGCUUCAGCGGCUGGGGACUAGAGGUUGACGGCUGUAACAACACUCAACAACAGGUGUUCCCGCUCGGUCACUACUGGGCGCACUAUGCUGACCUACAGUGGCACUUGGAUCGCGUGGCACCCGGACGCAUCCUCGUCCUCACGGUAGCCGUGUCUGGCGCCAUGGGACUCCGCCAAGCAGCCCUCCAACUCGCUCGCCUCGGCUCCCUCUUCGCCUUGCACCUCACGCCCAUGGCACACUGGACAUGGGUCUUCGUCAAGGGCGGCCGCACCAUUUCAGAGACGCGCCGGGCCCGGCACCAGUACCUCUACCACACCCUCAAUGCCCUCCUCACUGCCCCAGGGGCACAACGUAACAACGUCCUCGUCGUGCUUGGGGACGCACCACAGCCUACCACGCAACUGCUACGUCUCAUCAACGUCAACUUCACCAAAGUUCCUGUUCACGGGGAAGGCAACCUCAAGCUCUUCCGUUACUACCGUAGCGUCUUCCAACUGGUGGCUCGCACCUUCCCCGACGCCCCUGCAGUCAUUUUCCUGGACGAGGACGUCGAGGUCUCCCCAGACUUCUUCUCCUACAUGAGCCAGACUCUGUGGCUGCUCCGCGAGGACCCCACACUCUAUUGCAUCAACGGUUAUGGAGGAUCCAAAGAAUUAUCAGAAGAUGAGACACAGGUUGUCCGUUCCGAUACACAGGUUUCAUGGGGUUAUGCCGUUUCGCUUGACUUUGUGCGCGAAGCUUUGGCGGCCUGGCAAAUCAAACAGGAAGGCUCUCUGUAUGAUUAUUGGCUAUACAGUAGUGUGGCCAAGGGCCGCGAGUGCGCAGUGCCUGUUCGCAGUCGCACGCGCCACUAUGGCGUCGGCAUGAAUACUGACGCAUGGAUUCACGAAUUUUUUUUCCUGAAUAAUCCAACUGUGCAGGUGCCUAUGGUCCAGCUCGAACAAGUGGCCCGACUGCAACUGCCCCUCUGGCGCCAGCACCUUGAGAACAGCAUCCGUAAUGCCACGCUUUUGAGAGGCAAUCCCUGUGGUUCCGGGUUUAUUCCCACGAGUACACAUCCCGAAAUCUUGGUGUUUUACGUAAAUAUGGAUAUGAAAAUCGACGGCUCUCCAGACAUCGGCGAUUACUUUUACGUGGCUCACUGCGUGGGCACGUGGGGCCUCUCACCACAUGGAUUACACGAGGGCGUGCGAACCGUGCAACCCUCCAAACACACUACUCUACACAUUGUGGGCGUUCCUUACUCGUCUUAUUCUUACCUCCGCCCACCAACCUUACUGGCAUGGACAAUGAAAAACGUAAGUGAAUCAGAAAAGAUGAUCAUUCAAGACAGAUUUGCGGCUAAAAGCAGUAUGAAUAUUGCCAAUGAAAAAUUAACAACAGAUGACUUAUUAAACUUUUUAACUGUCACAGGUCACACUAGUAAUGAGUGACUUGAUUGACAAAUACAUAAUAACAGUAAUUAGGAAACUAAAUUCUGCUAAAAAAAACUGUAAAGAAGUGUAAGUCAGAAACUGAUGGUGAAUGCGAAUGAUCGAGUGCAUUGGUCAUAUAGUGUGUUAAGUAAUCAUGUACAGCUGGCGAUUCGGUCCAUUAUACAAAACGACUUGGAAAGCAAAUGAGAACGACUACUACAGCGCUUUGGUAAUUGUGGACACUGUGACUGUAACUAAAAUUAAGUCUACGAGCAUCAGUGAAAACAAGGAAAUAUGUAUCUAUAUAUUUAUACAAA